AUGCCGCCUCAUGUCUUCAAGCGCCUAGCCGCUUCCCUAGCCGCUUUGGGAGCCGCACUUAAUCAGUUGCUUUACAAACAUUUCUUCCCGGCUGCCAUCCUGCUCGUUCUUGCAAACGCUCUCCUUUGCGCGUUUGUGAUUGCCAAAGUGCCGUACACCGAGAUCGACUGGGUCGCCUAUAUGGACGAAGUAUCAGGCGUCAUCAACGACAACGAAUUCGAUUAUAUCAAACUGCGCGGCGGCACGGGUCCCCUCGUCUACCCGGCUGGAUUCGUUUACAUUUAUUCGCUACUCUAUUACUUGACGGAUCGCGGCCGAGACCUCCUCACGGCCCAGACUAUCUUUGCCAUGUUGCAUUGUCUCAACUUAUGCUUUGUGCUUUUCAUCUAUAGAAAGAGUUACAGAGAUGCUUCAACCAUCCAUCCAUUCCCUCUAUGGAUUGUUGUUUUCCUAGUGCUUUCGCGAAGAGUGAUGUCGCUCUUCGUUUUGCGUCUAUUCAAUGAUGCUGUUCAGAUGCUUCUCAUGCACGCCGCCAUUUGCCUUUUCAUUUCAAACAGAUGGAGUUUGGGAUGCCUCGUCUACAGUCUCUCCGUCUCUAUUAAGAUGAACGCCCUACUGUUCGCCCCGGGGCUUGCAGUCUUGCUCUGUCAGGCGCGUGGCACAGGUGGUGCCAUUCGAAGGAUCUUGGGUAUUUGUUUCACCACUCAAGUCAUAUUAGGAGCUCCAUUUUUGCUUCACGCCCCGAAGAGUUACGUGGCCCGUGCGUUUGAACUCACUCGCGAGUUCAUGUACAAGUGGAGCGUCAACGGCGCCCUCCUGAAAGAGACCAUUUUCUUAGAUAAGAGAUUGGCCAUGCUGCUGCUCCUACUUCAUUUGACUGUUCUAAUUCUUUUCGGUCACUUCCGCUGGACCGCAGAGAGAAGCAAGGGCCUCCUGGAGUUCUUUCAUUUGUCUCAAGCAAGUGUUAAAGACUCCAUUUUGCGUAUUGCAACACAUGUUGAAUCGAGAGAUCUCAACACCAGUCACGUCGCUGGUGUUUUGUUCACAAGUAAUUUCAUUGGAAUCGCGUUUGCGAGAACGCUGCACUAUCAAUUUUACCUUUGGUAUGCGCACGCGCUCCCAAUGCUCGUAUGUCGAGGUGAUUUCAUGUGGAUACGAAAAUUGGCAUUACUAGUGACGAUCGAGGCUGUCUUCAAUAUAUACCCUCCCGAAGCAACGGCAGCUGUCUCACUACAUGUCGCGCAUUUGGGAAUACUGAUUUCGCUAUGGUUUGAUAGGCGUGCAACGGAUGCCUCCAUAUUCAAAGAUGGCGAUAACAGGGACAGCCUCAAGAGCUCAUAUCGGACAGACCAUGGCGACAAGACGACAUGA